UCUUGAACUUGAUUUUGUCGUGGUAAAUUAAUAUUGUGUCCGACGUUGGACGUACCUCGUUCGUUCUUUAUAUUAAGUAUAUUCCGUCCACAUUUUACGGUGUACACAUAUUUCGUUCAUACUGUAUUAUUAUCUCAGAAGAAAAAAAAAUGACAGAAGCUGUGGUGAGUGGAAAAGAUACCCGUUGCUUAUUCAUUAACAAUGGUGAUGAUUUGUUGACUUUAAAAAAAGUUGUAUCCAAAAAAACAGACAAAGAUGAUGAGAAACAAAAACUUAAUAAAUCUGUAGAAACUAAUGGCAGUGAAUUAAAUGGAAACCACAAUAAAACUGAUAGCAUAAAUUUUGAUGUUGAUAAUACAUCAUCAUUAGAACCAAAUUUAGAAAUGGAUAGUGAUACAGAUCGUAAUAUUACUAUCGGUUCAAUUUGCACCCAAGAAGAUCGAGAAUCAGAAACUAUUGAUAUCUCUAAUGAAAAUUCAAAUGAAGCAGAUGUAAAAAACGGUGAAAAAGAUAUUCAAGUAAAUUCAAUUAAAUGUCUAGAUGUUCCAUAUUCUCCGAGUGAUUCUUUGUAUGAUAAUGAUUCACAUGAUUUGGAAGAUGAUUAUUCAGAAUUAAAUAAUAUUGGGUCACCUACGUCUUACUUUAAUGUAUCAGCAAGAGCACCAUUACAUUCUUAUAAGGAUUUAGAUACUACGUUUGAGGAUGAUAUUUUAUUACUGGAAAAAGAAGUAUUAAAUAAUGAACGAAAACGAAAAUUUGAUGAUUUGGCAGAACAAGAACAGAAGUCUACUAAGAUACUUAAAUUGUGGAACUUGAUGAAAUAUCCUUUUCAAAAAAUAACAUUUGGCACUUCAAUAAGUGAAGAUAAAUCAAAUAUUUCUAUAGCUGAAAUCAUAGUUGAAAAAGAGAAUACCAUAGAACCCGAGUCAGCUAUUUGUGAAAACAAUAGUGAUAAUGAAAAAACUGAAGAAAAAAACACUCAAAACAAUUUUGAGGCAGAUGAAGAAAUUGUGGAUACUUCAAUAAAUGUGAAUACACAAAAAUUCUGUAACAUAAUGUAAUAACUGCAAAAGGUAUAACUUAAUUAUUAAAAUGUCAUGUUUUAAAGAAGUGUAUGUUCGUAUUAAUCAAAUAAUAUGUUGAUUAUUUUGGCUCAAUUGGUCAAAUAAAACAUGUCCUUCCUCUUUUACACUAAAUUUGAUUUUUGUUUUUAUUACCCGAACCAUUAAAUUAAAAAUGACCGUUAACAGUGUUCUCAAAUAAUCAUUGGAAUCUGACAUAUUAUUAAGAAAAUAUUCGUAUUUUAGAAUAACUGAAGAGGUACUUGUAAUUUUCAUAUUUUUUGAGCAUAUCAAUAACUAUUAUUUAUGUUUCAAUAAAUAUUUAACUGUUUUUUUCUUGUAUAUUUAAAUGUAGUAUAAUGUUCCAAAUUGGUUAAAUAUGAAUAAUUGUUAAUACAUUUAUGUUAAAUACAAUAAGUAUUAAUUAUGAAAAUCAACAUAUUUUUUGUGCUGAAAUAUAAUUUUCAAAAUGUUUACUUUUUAACUAUGUUAUUGUUUUAUUGGUCAAGGCGGUUACUUUUUAUUGUAUUUCAUUAAUUUUUUCUCCAAAUAAUAACCUUAGAAUAAUCAAUAUGAAUAUUGAUUUAUCUAUCCUUAAGAAUUUAUACCUAGUGUUAGUGAAGUAUUAGUAGUACUAUAAUAUAAUAUAAUGAAGUAAAUUUGGUUGAAAUGUAUUAGCUAUAGAAAGUUAUAGAAUUAAUCAUGUUUUUGAACAUUAAUUUCUCUUUUUUUUUUUAUAUAUUUAUUUAAAAUAUAAAUUAUUUACAUUUAAAAUUAUUUACUUAUAAUUUUAGUUUAAGAGGAUGCUACCCAUACAUUUGUUGUCUUCGUCACACGCACGGUAAAGCAAAUUUUUGUUCACUAGUUUCAAUAGUGCGCUGUUGUUAUGAUACUAGAGUGAAUUAACCUAUUAUAAAACUUUUAGUUAAAAUCAUUAUCUGUGCUUAAGCGUUGACGAUUUUUCGAAAUUUUGAUUUUCAAUCAAGAUAGGAGUAUAUAAAAUAUAAAAAUUAAAAAUGCUCAUACUCGCUUGAAAAUUAAAAAAUCAAAUAAUAGCCAACGCUUAAGCACAGAUAAUGUUAUUAUCUAAAAAAAAUUAUAAUAGGUCAAAUCACUCCCAAUAUCAAAACAGCACACUAUUGAAACUAGUGAACGAAAAUUUGUUGUCGUACGUGUGUAAGACGAAGACAACAAAUGCAUGGGUAGCAUCCUCUUAAAAAAAAAUAAGUGUAAUCAUCUCUCAUUUAUGUAAUUAAGUUUAUUUUGACUUACCAAUAAUUUUUCAUGUGUUUAUUAUUAAUAGCUAUUCAAAUAAGAAAUAAUACUACUUAAUAUUUUAUUAUAUUUUUUUUAUGUACAUCAAACAUGAUUUUAGAAUAAUUAUAUUUUUAUGUUGUAAUUAAUUUUAACUUGUGUGAUAAACAUAAAAUAUCCCUCAAUGAUGUAUAUCUUGUUACAAAUUCACAGUAUAGUAUUUAAAGAGAACAAUUAGAAUUAUUACGUGUUAGAUAAGUUUUUCAGUUAACUGUGUAUUUUAUUAAUUUUUAUAAGACCCUGUAUACAAAUAAAAGUUAAUAGAAAUA